CCUGGACACAGUACAAAGCCUAAAGCUUCGGCUCCAAGGGAAACAAAAGGAACUGCCUGGAUUCCCAUGACUAUGGCCAGCACCUUCAUACCAGGGCUGAACCCUCAGAACCCUCAUUAUAUCCCAGGGUACACUGGACACUGCCCACUACUUCGCUUCAGCAUGGGCCAGACCUAUGGGCAGAUGACCGGUGAGCUGCUUCGAGGGUUUCCUGGCCUAGCCUGGCCCCCCACCCAUCGCACACUUCUGCCUCCCAUCAGGCCUCCGGCAUCUCCUGAGGUUCCCAGGGGAAGCCUGCCUGUCAGGCAGAGGCAUGAAAGGCUCAGCUCCAGCAUGAUUCCUGGGUACACAGGUUUUGUACCCCAGGCACAGUUCAUCUUUGCCAAGAACUGCAGCCGGGUCUGGGCUGAGGCUCUGAAUGAUUUCACUCAGUGGUCUGUGGGACAAGGGGGUCAAGAGCUGCCAAAGGAGGCCAAGGGUAAAAAAGAUGAGAAAGACGAAAAGCCAAAGCCAGAGCCAGAGCUGGAGGCAAAGGAGCCAGAGCUGGGGCAAGAGGCAGAACAAGCUUCCCCCUAUUCCAUGGAUGACAGAGAUCCUCGCAAGUUCUUCAUGCCAGGCUUCACUGGUUACGUGCCCCGUGCCCGCUUCCUCUUCGGCUCCAGCUUUCCUGUGCUCACCAACCGGGCACUGCAGGAAUUUGGACAGAUGUACUCAGGGAGCAGACCCCAGAAGGAUCCCAAACAUCUCCCUCCACUUUCUAGGACCUAUCCUCAGAACCUGUGCCUUUUACCUAAUUAUGGGGGCUAUGUGCCAGGAUAUAAGUUCCAGUUCGGGCACACCUAUGGGCAUCUCACCCAUGAUGCACUGGGCCUCACCACCCUCCAGAAGCAGCUCCUGGUAUAGAUAGGUACCUGGACUUCAAGUUCUCUCUUCUCUGUCUUCCAUUCUCAGCCUUUUGGAAGGAAGAGAGGUGGGCCCGAGGGGGGUGGGGGGAGGCACAAAGAGAAAUGGUUUGGAGGCCGAGCACCUUUUUUAUUAAUAGGUGUAAUAAAUAAAUAAAUAAAUACAUA